GUGCGAAAAUAUCAGCAGACAGAAGAGGACAAAGAGCUGCAAUGGACGGUGAUGUUGCAGUUGGUGUGAAGAGAGGCUCAGAUGAGCUCAACAUGUACAGCAGCAGCCCCAGCGCCAUGACCGCAAACGGAAGCGACAGUAAGAAGCAGCGCCUCGACGAGUCCCCUCCCUCCAGAGUCCUUCACAUCAGAAAACUUCCCAAUGAAGUGACGGAGACCGAAGUCAUCGCUCUGGGCCUGCCGUUUGGAAAGGUCACCAACAUAUUGAUGCUGAAGGGGAAAAAUCAGGCUUUUCUUGAAUUGGGCACAGAGGAAGCAGCUAUUACUAUGGUCAACUACUACACAGCUGUCACACCUCAGGUCAGAAACACGCCAGUCUUCAUCCAGUAUUCAAACCACAAGGAAUUGAAAACAGAUUCAGCUCUGAACCAGAGAGCCCAGGCAGUUCUGCAGGCGGUGUCAGCCGUUCAGGAUGGCAGCUCUCCAUCCUCUGACCCAGGAGUUUUGGAGCUGGCUCCGCCCCCCAGUCCCGUCCUGCGAAUCAUCAUCGACAACAUGUUUUAUCCCGUCACACUGGACGUUUUACAACAGAUCUUCAGCAAGUUCGGGACCGUGAUGAAGAUCAUAACUUUCACCAAGAACAACCAGUUUCAGGCUCUGCUGCAGUUCAGUGAUCCCGUCAAUGCACAGCAGGCUAAACUGUCUUUAGAUGGACAAAAUAUCUACAAUUCCUGCUGUACUCUUCGGAUAGACUUCAGUAAACUAGUCAACCUCAACGUCAAAUACAACAACGAUAAGAGUCGGGAUUACACCAGACCUGACCUCCCGACAGGAGACGGAGAUUCAGCCAACAAGGAUCAUUCUCUGCUGGGAACCCCAUCUGGAGCGCUCGCCUCCUACUCCAGUGGAGGAAGUUAUUCAUCGUCUCUGUCGCUCUCACAGGGUGGAGGAGCCAUCAGUCCUCUGAGCGCCGCAGCGGCGGCGGCGGCAGCUGCAGGUCGUGUGGCUCUGUCCGGGUCUGGCGUGUCCGGGGUCCUGCUGGCGUCCAACCUGAACGAAGAGAUGGUCACGCCUCAAAGUCUCUUUACCCUCUUCGGGGUCUAUGGGGACGUGCAGAGGGUGAAGAUCCUCUACAACAAGAAGGACAGCGCUCUGAUCCAACUUUCUGACGGGAACCAGGCUCAGCUCGCCAUGAGUCACCUGAACGGUCAAAAGGUUUUUGGUAAAGUCAUGAGAGUGACGCUGUCAAAGCAUCAAACAGUCGCUUUGCCUCGAGAAGGACUGGAUGACCAGCUGUUAACUAAAGACUUUGCCGGCUCUCCACUCCAUCGCUUCAAGAAGCCUGGGUCCAAAAACUUCCAGAAUAUUUUCCCUCCGUCUGCAACGCUUCACCUCUCCAACAUCAGGGAGGGAGUGGGAGAGGAAGAUCUGCGUCUUCUGUUUUCUAACAGUGGAGGAGCGGUCAAAGCCUUCAAGUUCUUCCAGGACCGUAAAAUGGCUUUGAUCCAGAUGUCUUCAGUAGAGGAAGCCAUCCAGGCUCUGAUGGACCUUCACAACUACGACAUGGGAGGAAAUCAUCAUCUUAAAGUUUCCUUCUCCAAGUCCACCAUCUAAUCCAGACCCGAAACUCCAUCAAACCAUUUACACUUUUCUGUGAAUAGUCUUCAGGUUAGGCACGACCACGGGGCAGAUUCCACCACGUUUCUUAUCUUUGUUUCUCUUAGAGGCGGCCGCUGUCCACAGGCGGCUCUGCAAACGAAACACCAGCUAAAACGUCUCUCAUCUCUAUUUGAAGCACAAAUGCAGAAGUGCUGCUCAGCUUCAGGACUCCAGAGCCGAAUGUUUUCCUAAGUGAUGCUCUUCAUUCAGAAGAGACUGGGAGCGGAUGUUGUGUUGCUGCAAAAUCGCUGUUUUGAAAAUGUGCAUUGCUCAAAGAGAAGCUGCUCUGUUCGGGUUCUUCUGCUGCGUUUGAAGGUCUUCUGGCUUCUUAAUUCACCCGUCAGAAGGAUUUGAAAACGACUCCAAGUUCCUGAGCAAAUGUCUGUAUUAAGCUCCUGUUUUUCCUUUAAUCGUUUGAAGAAAAAAGGUCAGUGGUUGAGUUUGGUGCCUAGUCCAUUCUACAAACAUUCAGAAGUAGUUAUUGUGAUCAAAUCAACAGCUGGCCGUGUAAAUAGUGAAAAUGUUUGGGCACCUCUAGUGUGUUUUUUUUCUUCUCUUGUGAACACUCGGUUACGUUUAGAUACUGCUUUUUAAAAAAAAAAAGACUAACUGUUUUUAAUAUUGAAGCAAAAAAGUUGUUUUGUUUUUUGGGGGGGUCAUUCAUUAUUUUCCUUUAAAACAAACACAUAUUUAAAUUUUAUUUUUACCUUUUCUCACAACUUUAAAAAAAUCUAGCAUCAUUGAAAAAAAAUAACUUAAAAUUUUUUAAUUUUUUUUUUGUCUUAAAGAAAUGUUCCUUUUUUCUUUUACUAAAUGUUUCUGGAUUUUGAAUUUUCUGUUAAAGAAGAAAUCCUUUCUUUUUCAGUCCUUUAACACACAUUACUGCCCUUUGAAUUUGUGCUCUUUUCUUUUCCUUUAAUAUGUGAAAUGAGGCCUGAGAAGAAUUACGUCAUGUCUGUUCUAGUGUUUAUGAUUAUUGUUUUUGCAGCAAAUAAACUUUGGUCUGACUGAUCUGAAAA